AUGAUCGCAACUGCGCAGUGCAGUCAGUCCGCAGAAGCGCCAACGCGGUUUGAAGUCUCAAAUGAAGGCCCCGCUGAGACGAACUCAAUUGAAAAAAUUUUAGACGAAACGAACUCGAUGAUCUAUGUAAACGAAAUAUGCAUGCAGAUGGAUAAGAGCAUCUUAAAGUGCCAGACGUACGAAGAUAUUCUCUCCAUUCUUAUAACGCACAGGGGAGCUCUAUUCCUUCAGAACUUGAUAACGGCGAUACGGAUGCUAGCCGGGUUUGUCAUUGAGGAGAGGAAGAAAAGGAAAAGCGAAGGGGAAGGCGAAAGUGAUGUGAGUAUACCAUUUAGGAGGUACGCAAAUAAAUUUGUAAGGGUAGAAGAAGGGGGGGAAGUAAGUGGGCAUGUGACGGGAGGCAACCACUUAGAAGAGGUAAUUGGGCAUGUGACGGGAGGCAACCACUUAGAAGAGGUAAUUGGGCAUGUGACGGGAGGCAACCACUUAGAAGAGGUAAUUGGGCAUGUGACGGGAGGCAACCACAUAGGAGAUGCACCUGGCAAGCGAGAAGCUAGCCGUCCAAGUAAUCCAGACGAACACCUACCCGGUGGGAGCACCUCCGAACUGUGCAAAGGCAGAGAUCUUUCCCCCUUUGACAAAAUUGAAAAGAAUUUAAUAGAAAGGUACCGACACAUUUUCGACGUGCUAAAAAACAAGGAGUUACUGGAGAGUGAAAAUUUUUUUGAGAAAAACAGAAAAGUGGAAGAAAUCAUCGUGCGAGAUGAGCGAUUUAGCUUGCUCAUAGAUGAUAUAUACAAAAAUAGAAAGCACUUUGAUGUAGUGUCCAUCUGCCACAUUUUGAUAUCCCUGAAGGAGCUAAAUUACAAGCACUUCCUCCUCUUCAAUUCGUUUAUGAAUCCGCUAAAAAAUUUCGACGCGUACAUUAAGGAACAGUUUGAAAAUGGCCAUCAAAAAAUUGUGCAGAUCCACUCGGUUAUUCAGUUACUACUGCAAUGCUUUAACACGUACAUCUGGGCUGGGUACUACAACCUAGACAUAUAUAACAGGCUGAUAAACAGCGUCUUGUUGAAUAAUUUCAUCCAAUUAAGAAGCGAAAUUGUGCAUGAGCAGGUAGGGAGUUACGCCUACAUGGGCUAUAAAUAUGAUGUGAACUAUCCCUUGUCGAGUGACGAAAUAUUUUCAUCUCUCAACUUGAGUGAAAAAUAUUUUUCGAAAAAGAAUUUUUUAACCGCCCCCCUGGGGAGGGCCUCCGAAGAGGGAGUGGGGUUAACGGGAAAGGUACCCCAUCGGGAAGGUAGCCCCGUCCAGCAGAACAAGGAAAGCUACACACAGAGUAGCGUAGUAGGAACGAGCUUAGCUAAUGACUUGAAAUGCAUACCGCCCAGUGAAACCCCUCGCUGGGGAACUUCCCCACCAAAAGAGAGGCCCUUCUACUGCUGCCCCAUUUUCCUAAAUCUAGACCUGUUCCUCCAAAGCGUAGAAAUUUACAAACACGUUUAUGUGUACAAUCCUUCCUUCUUUAAAAUGAGCGAGAAAGUUGUUUAUUACUACACGCAGUAUUUGACGCCCACGAACUUCAGCAUGAUAGCUGAUGCGUUUUCCAAGCAUAGAAUUUUUGCACUAGAACAUGAUCGAUUUUUUUUCCACCUUUCCAAGCUGAUGGAGAAAAAUUUUGAUAAAUUUUCCUACGGAGAUAUUUUCCUCAUUUUGAAUUCAUUCAAAAGGAUGAAUUUAUUGUUCCAAAGGUGUAUCAUUUUAGGGGCAGAAAAGUUCGAGCCAUAUUUUCACCAGCUUUAUAUUAACAGAAGGCAGUGCUCCUUAUCCCUAAAAGAGGUGUCCAUUUUAAUGGAAUCUUUGGCCUUUUUCCACUUCCCCCACAAGGCAAUCGAUCAGUGCAUCACAGCAGCUGUGAACUAUCUGGAAGAUUACAUUGAAGAGAUCGACGAAGAAACAGCAAUUAAUAUUUCCUACGCGUUAGUUCUAUCAAAUGUGUAUCAUACCAAUACGUACUUCUUCUCAUUCGUUUGGAGGAAAAUUGGAAAAAGCACUUACUGGGAAAAAAGGAAAAAUCAAAUUUGCCUGCUGUGGUUAUCUCAUAUGAUUCAGUUCAAAUGGAUGGAAUAUGAUUUACCGAAGUUUUGCGUCUUGGAAUGUUUGAAAAUUUUUUUUUUAAAAAGAAAGGAGAAUAUGUUUUCCUUCUCGAAAAUUUUGUCGUCCGUUUCGCAAAUCCUCGAUGAGUUCCACAUUGGCCACGACGUUUCAGUUGACAUUUAUGGCCCCUAUGUGCUGGACAUUUUAAUAGGGGGAGACAAAAGGCAGGUUAUCAUGCUCACGCAGGAUACCACGAGAAAUGAAAUAGGCAGACAGUUGGGCGAUUCCAAAAUCGUCAUCGGCCAUUUGCAACUGUUUGGCUAUAAUGUGCGCCCCCUCAACACGAAGUAUUUCGACUCACUGGGCGACAGGGAGAGGCGCGAGUACGUCCGGGCCAUUCUGGUCUCCUUUUAG